AUGACGACCGAGCCUCCCAAUUCAUCGAUCCUCCUGCGAGGUGGGACUGUCCUCACUCACGACAAGACUGACCAUGUCAUCGCCCUCCGUGACACGGAUGUUCUCGUUCACAACGACAUCAUCGAACGUGUCGGAAAAAAUAUUGAUCCUCCCAGCAGCUCCACGGAAGUUAUUGACUGCAAAGGGAAGAUCGUCUCUCCAGGCUUCGUGGAUACCCACCAUCAUCUCUGGCAGACGCAGCUGAAAGGUCGGCACGCCGAGCAGGGGCUCGUCGCAUACAUGUAUUCGGGCAAUAUGAUGUCCUAUGCCUAUAAACCAGAAGAUAUGUACUGGGGUCAGUUAUCGGGCUGUCUGGAGGCUAUUCAUGCGGGGACAACAACGGUCCUCGAUCAUGCGCAUUGCGCGUAUACGCCCGACCACGCUACAUCUGCACUGCAGGCGACUCUCGACUCGGGCAUCCGCGCUAUCUUCGGGUACACCGUUCCCACACGCGUGGCGCAGUGGGAUCAAUCCCAGUGUGUUCCUGAGCAGGAUCCCAUGCCCGAGUGGGCGGUUCAGCAAUUGGGCGAUCUGCUCCAGAAACAUAACAGCGCCGCAUCGCUGGUGGAAAUAGGCCUGGGUUUCGACCUCUGGUUCCUCCCCAAGGAAUUGGUCCUGGGCACGUUCCAGACUCUCAGACAGAAGGGAUUAAGACUGGUUACGAGCCACGUCGGGCGCAAUGCCUUCAUGGGUCUCCAUUCCCAUGUCCAGCUACUCCAGUCUUACGAUCUCCUGCGGAGCCCCUAUCCGCCGUUGGCAUCGUCAGCAAACAUGCCGUACUUGCUUCUAUCACAUUGCAAUGGCAUCUCGCACGAGGACAUGUCCAUGCUCGCGACGACAGGGACGCCGAUCUCAAGCACCCCCGGCACGGAAUCUCAGAUGGGCAUGGGGUUCCCUGUCGGCCUGGACCCAGCACUGAAGUCAAGAGAGACUGCGCAUGUUUCUCUUGGCGUGGACUGCCACACCAACGACCCUUCUUCCAUUCUCCUGCAGGCACGCAUGCUGCUACAACUGACGCGAGUGGGAAAGAACGCCAAGAUUGUCGCACAAGGGAAUUAUCCCUCCGAGAAUGUCACCGGCACGUCGGAGGAAGCGUUCAACCUUGCAACAAUACGUGGAGCCAGGUGUCUCGGCCUCGGGGAUGCGAUAGGGAGCAUUGAGGUGGGCAAGAAAGCCGACCUGGUCGUCUUCGACGCAGCGGGCAGUGUAGGUAUGUUGAGUGCCGUCGAGUACGAUCCUGUUGUUGCGAUUGUACGAUUCAGCGAAGCUGCUGAUAUCGAGCACGUCAUUGUGAACGGGGUGCUGAGGAAGCGUGGCGGAAAGCUCGUCGCUACAGACGUCAGCCUGGACAAGAUGGGGCCGAUGGAGUGGAAGGAGACGGCCGAACAGGUGCGGCGUAGCCAAAGGGAGAUCCAGCAGAGGAUUAACGGUCUCAGCCUCCAAAAGGCGCGUGAGACACUGUUGGGCAUGUAUCAUACUGACACUAGUCGACUGGUUGACGCCGAGUAG